UUGAUCAAUACUGCGACUCGUGUUCGCGUACCGCCACCAGAGCCAGGCGAACCUGUUCCCAAGCCAGCCUACAAACCAUCUCUCGGCCCUUCAUUCUCGCAUAUGACGGACAUGUCAUUAUUCCUAACUCGUGGGGAUUCCAAUGGUGUAAAUAGUAGGGGUACCCGGUUGGCACUUAGAGUGCUCAAGAGCCGCGAGUCGGUAUGCCUACCUUCUGUUCCAAACCUGAGAAUCCACCAACUGAUUUUAUCUCGAAGAACGCCGGCAUUUGCGUCUAUUUUGGUAUUAGAAAUGAUAGCAUUAUCGAGUGAAAAUGCCUUAUUCUCAGUAAUCGGGGAAUACUAUCGUGGUCAACCAUCAAUUUGUUCUACUCUUGUUUGGCUCGGUUCGCUCAAAGACCGCGGAGGUUAUGAUUUCUGGACUCGGAUGAAGAAGAAGCCGGUCUACAUGGGGCCGUCGAAGCUGCUGGAAACGAUGUCGUCGGGCCUGAG